AUGGACACUGAGCACACCAGCCGAGAACUCACGCAUGAGAGAAAGAUGGAGGUAAUUAAGCGACUCCAACAAUACAUCAACUUGGGCAAGCUUUCCCGCGGUGCCAUCAAAUUGACGGCUGUCGCCAUGGGAAUAAACCGCAACACUGGGACCAAACUUUGGAAGGACUUUAAACGCACCAGUCCGAUUCGCUCCGGUAAGAUUGGUCGUGUCGGCCGUAAACCUACGUACACGCAAGCUGAGAUCACCGACCUCGUGGGCAUGGUACCAGAGGGCCAGCGCUCUACGAUGCGCGACAUUGCCGAGGCCACUGGCAACCCCCUUACCACGCUCCACCGCAGCCUCAAGCAUGGAACGCUUGAACGCCGGUCCUCGCGCUUGAAGCCGCUUCUGACCGAUGCCAACGCGCAGCAACGCCUCGAAACGUUUAACGCAGACAAGGACCACCGCAAGGUGUACCUGACCAAAGGCGAGACUGUUAGUCGUCGGGUGUGCAAGAGCAAGCGCUUCAUUGCGAAAGUCAUGUUCUUGGCGGCGGAUGUGGCCGGUGGUCAAGUACCUUCCCGCAGCGCGCAGCUCUCGUAA